CACCUCAGCCUCCCAAAGUGCUGGGAUUACAGGCGUGAGCCACCGCGCCCGGCCUUAUUACAUCUUUUUCAAAAGAAUAAUUGUGAUUUUUUUUUGUUUGUUUUUUGAGAUGUGGUUUCACUCUUGUUGCCCAGGCUGUAGUGCAAUGGUGCAAUCUCAGCUCACUGCAACCUCUGCCUCCCAUGGUUCGAGUGAUUCUCCUGCCUCAGCCUCCCAAGUAGCUGGGAUUACAGGCAUGUACCACCACGCCUGGCUAAUUUUGUAUUUUUAGUAGAGAUGGGGUUUCUCUAUGUCAGUCAGGCCAUCUCGAAUUCCUGACCUCAGGUGAUCCAUCUGCCUAGGCCUCCCAAAGUGCUGGGAUUAUAGGCAGGAGCCACAGCGCCCAGCCUGUGGUGGAUUUUAAUUAAGGAUACUUAACAAUGAGGUUGUUAAAAACAGAGAAAACUGAAGCCAUGAAGUGAGGCUGUCUUACCUACUGUGAUUGGGAGCUGAAAUAUCUCGAGUCUCCUGGUUUCCUAAGAAUAAUGGGUCACAUAAUUUUAAUUAUUUGAUUUCAUUAUUUGAUUAAGAAAAAAGUACAAUAAAUGUAUUUUUUUUUUUUUAAGUUUAAGCAUUUAAAAAAACGAAUGCAGGCCUGGCAUGGUGGGUCAUACCUGUAAUCCUAGCACUUUGAGAAGCCGAGAUGGGAGGAUUGCUUGAGACCAGCUUGGUCAACAUAGUGAGACCUUCUCCCCGUCUCUUUUAUUUUUGAGAUGGAGUGUUGCUCUGUCACCCAGGCUGGAGUGCAGUGGCAGUCUAGGCUCACUGCAACCUCUGCCUCAGCCUCCCGAGUAGGUGGGAUUACAGGCGCCCACCACCAUACCUGGCUAAUUUUUUUGUAUUUUUAGUAGAGACAGAGUUUUACCAUCUUGGCCAGGCUGGUCUUAAACUCCUGACCUCAUGAUCCACCUGCCUCAGCCUCCCAAAGUUUUGGGAUUAUAGGUGUGAGCCACCGUAUCUGGCCUUAUUUUUUGGAAAACAAAACAAAACAAUAGAACAUACUAAUUCGUAUAAUUGUGGACAAUAUAUAACUCAGAGAGGUGUAAAUAAGAAAAAGUCUCCUGUGUUUUCACCAUAGUUAAGAUUUUGAUUCAAAAAGAAGUAAUAAAAGCUAAAACAAAAAGAUUUUGAUUAAACCAGAGGGGGAAAUAAAAAUAUUUUGAUGUACUUCUCUGUGAUAUAGCAAAAUAUGUUUUGAUCUUCAGCUCCAUUUCCUAGCAUAUAACUCCUAAACUACUUAGACCAAAGUAAUGUCUUUUUGUAUGCUGCUAAAUUGACUGGUGGCUGGCAGCCCCCAGAGAGCUUCAGGAUGGGGGCUGGUCACUGGAAAGACCAAGUCAGGAUUAGAGGGUUGAGACUUUGAGCCCCACCCCCAACCUCCGGGGAGGGGAGAAGGGGGAGGGUGAGGUUAAGCUGAUCACCAAUGGCCAGUGGCUUAAUCACUCGUGCCUAUGUAAUGAAGCCUCCAUAAAAACCCAAGAGGCUGGGGUUUAGGGAGCUUUCGGAUAACUGGACACGUGGAGGUUACUGGAGGGUACUUCUCCCUUGGAGGACAAGGAAUGCCUGUGAUCCUUACUCCAUGCCUGGCUCUGCACACCUCUUCAGCUGUAUCCUUUUAAUAGCUUUUCUAAUACAUCAGUUAAGAGGGUCUGCAUAUCUACUCUGAGGACAGCAUAGACGUGUCUCACACAGUAUGUGGAGCAGUAGAAACUGAGGCUACAGUAAAUACAGGUGUGCAGGAGCCAUUUGUCAUGGAAGCCAGGGAGCCUGGGAGGCCCACACCCACCUACCAUCUUGUCCCUAACACCAGCCAAUCCCAGGUGGAAGAAGAUGUCAGCUUGCCACCUCAAAGGUCCUCGGAAACUAUGCAGCUGAAGAAGGAGAUCUCCCUGCUGAAUGGGGUUAGCCUGGUGGUGGGCAACAUGAUCGGCUCAGGGAUCUUUGUCUCACCCAAGGGUGUGCUGGUAUACAGUGCCUCCUAUGGGAUGUCACUGAUUGUGUGGACCAUUGGUGGGCUCUUCUCUGUUGUGGGUGCCCUUUGUUAUGCAGAGCUGGGGACCACCAUCACCAAGUCGGGAGCCAGCUACGCUUAUAUUCUAGAGGCCUUUGGGGGCUUCAUUGCCUUCAUCCGCCUGUGGGUUUCACUGCUAGUUGUUGAGCCCACCGCUCAGGCCAUCAUCGCCAUCACCUUCGCCAACUACAUCGUCCAGCCGUCCUUCCCCACCUGUGAUCCCCCAUACCUGGCCUGCCGUCUCCUCGCUGCUGCUUGCAUAUGUCUGCUGACAUUUGUGAACUGUGCCUAUGUCAAGUGGGGCACACGUGUGCAGGAUGCGUUCACUUACGCCAAGGUCCUAGCGCUCAUUGCCAUCAUUGUCAUGGGCCUUGUUAAACUGUGCCAGGGACACUCUGAGCACUUUCAGGAUGCCUUUGAGGGUUCCUCCUGGGACAUGGGAAACCUCUCUCUUGCCCUCUACUCUGCCCUCUUCUCUUACUCAGGUUGGGACACCCUUAAUUUUGUAACAGAAGAAAUCAAAAACCCAGAAAGAAAUUUGCCCUUGGCCAUUGGGAUAUCUAUGCCAAUUGUGACGCUCAUCUACAUCCUGACCAAUGUGGCCUAUUACACAGUGCUGAACAUUUCAGAUGUCCUUAGCAGUGAUGCCGUGGCUGUGACAUUUGCUGACCAGACAUUUGGCAUGUUCAGCUGGAUCAUCCCCAUUGCUGUUGCCCUAUCCUGUUUUGGGGGCCUCAAUGCAUCGAUCUUUGCUUCAUCAAGGUUGUUCUUCGUGGGCUCCCGUGAGGGCCACCUCCCGGACCUUCUGUCCAUGAUCCACAUUGAACGUUUUACACCUAUCCCUGCUUUAUUGUUCAAUUGUACCAUGACACUCAUCUACCUCAUCGUGGAGGAUGUUUUCCAGCUCAUCAACUACUUCAGCUUCAGCUACUGGUUCUUCGUGGGCCUGUCUGUUGUUGGACAGCUGUACCUUCGCUGGAAGGAGCCUGAGCGGCCCCGGCCUCUCAAGCUGAGCCUGUUUUUCCCCAUCGUGUUCUGCAUAUGCUCCGUAUUUCUGGUGAUAGUGCCCCUCUUCAGUGACACCAUUAAUUCCCUCAUCGGCAUUGGGAUUGCCCUUUCAGGAGUCCCUUUCUACUUCCUGGGUGUUUACCUGCCAGAGUCCCGGAGGCCACUGUUUAUUCGGAAUGUCCUGGCUGCUAUCACCAGAAGCACCCAGCAGCUUUGCUUUUGUGUCCUGACUGAGCUUGAUGUAGCUGAAGAGGAAAAGGCUGAGAGGAAAACUGACUAGAGGUCAGAGGUAGCUCUCUGAGGGCCACCUAUGGCCACAGCCACCAAAAUCCUGAAUACAAGACUCUGUGGGCUCAACUCUCCUGAAUUAAAGGAGCCUUUUGACCCA